AUGAAUAUAUAUAUAUUUUUGCUAAUCGAAAUUUUACUAAUACAUGCAUUUAUUAAGUGCUCUGCGGAAUGCGUAAAGGAAACUUACCCUGAUCAUAUUGAAAAGAUAACAACACGUAACAGAGGAGAAUGCCCAUAUAAAUUAAUUUAUGAGCAUCUGCCGAAUGGUACUGUAAGAGAAGAUGUUAUGAAACUUGCAGAUUUAGAGUUUCAAGCAACAGUAUAUUUUUUGUUUAUAGUAUUACUAGCUUAUAUGAAACAUAGAAAAGAUAAUACAAAUAAACAAGAACUAUUUUCAAAAAUAUGCUAUUCUGAAGUUGAAACGACUAUUGAUUAUUUUAUACAACACUUUGGAAAUCGUUUUAAGGAUAAGAGAUCCAAGGAUAAAUGUAUUGAUAGAAUAAUAAGGCGCCUUAAUUUUAUUGUUAUUGAAGGUAUUUUAACAAAGGAUUAUUGCGAAAGAGCUCAAAAGUAUUUCUGGAUUGAACAAAGAGUAAUUGAGGAAAUGUCCGUUAAGGUAUUUAAAGAAAAAACUGAUGACAAGAAAAGGAAUAUGUGCAUAAACGAACUUGCAAUAAAAAGUCUUAUAAGCAAAUUAGAAAGAGGUAGGAACAUAAAACUAUCAGAUGGAAUGAUAGCUAAUACUGUAAGUACAGUUGAGGAUUUCCUUCUUGAUUUAUUAAGAGAAGCCGAAAUUAAUAAACCAUCCAAGGAAUCACUUAAAAAAGAAUGA